GUAUAUUUUUGACAGCUGAGAUGCUUUGUUUACAUAUUAAGCAAACUAAAAGAAAAGAAAGCGUGUUUAUUACAACGUUUUAUGUAAAUUUGUGUUAAUUAAAAUCAAGUAAAAAAUAAAGCGAGCUGAUAAGAACUUAGUGAAGAUGAGUACAACGGAGUUAUGGUUCGACGAUUCCUCAGAGGAUGAGAAUUUAGUGGAACUGGCCAGGAAUAGAAAACGUUUAAGGGACGCUUCCAAUCCCUUAGAAAUGGAUUCAACCGCAUUUAUAAAAAACUUCCGACUGUCUAAAGAGGCGUUUGUGGACCUGCUGUCCGCUACAGAAGACCUGUUGCAGCAAUGCACUCGAGCCAAAUCUAUUGCAAAUAUCUUAAAACUAGCAACAGUUCUGCGAUUUUGUGCUCAGGGAUCGUACCAACUGAGUAUUGGGAAUGAAAAUAUGCUUGGGCUUGCGCAGCCCACGGUGUCUGUGGUGAUAUCAGAAGUGCUUGAUGUUUUGGAAAAUUUCAUUUGCCAAAGAUGGAUAAAAUUCAUCUACACAGGGGUUGAACUGCAACAAGCGAAAGCACAUUUUUACAGCAAAAGCAGAAUUCCAGGAAUAAUCGGCUGUGUUGAUGGGACGCACAUUAAAAUUGUCGCUCCCAAGAAGGAAUUCCAGCAUUUAUAUUACAACAGAAAAGGAUUCUUCAGCAUUAAUGCUAUGGUUGUUUGUGAUCACACAAUGAAAAUAAGAUACAUAAAUGCAAAAAAUCCGGGAGCGACACAUGAUUCCAUGGUUUUUCAUAUGUCAUCAUUGAAAGCACACUUAGAACAGCAACAUCAUAAUGGUAUUCGUAAUACUUGGCUACUGGGUAUGAUCAAAUACAAAACCUACAUUUAUUUCCUUUUUUUAAAUUAUUUUUAUCCACGUUAGUGAUGCUGGUUACGCUCUUAAACCAUACUUGAUGACGCCGUUCAGAAAUUCUGAGGAAGGAUCUCCUCAAAGAACAUACAACAAACAACAUGCAAAAGCCAGAAAUAUUAUAGAGCGAACAAUCGGAGUUUUAAAAAAUAGAUUCAGAUGUUUAUUGCAGGCGAGAGCUCUUCAUUACACUCCAAAGAAAGCUACACAAAUAAUAAAUGUGUGCGCAGCUUUGCACAACAUUUGUCAAUUCUAUAAUGUAGAAAUACCCGACGGAGAAGAGUUUUCAAAUGAGCCUCACGACGAUGAUGCCGGAGUCGUUGAGAUGGAAUCAAUUGAGAAUUCAGAAGCAGAAGACAUCAGAAAUGAAAUUUUAAGAACCUUGUAAAUAACUGAAAAAGUAUUAAUAAAGGUAUUCCAGUAUCUUUUAUUAAAUUCAUAAA